AUGACAACAACAACUUUUUUUUUAUUUUUAAUUCCUGUAUUAGGUAUUAUAUUAUUAUUAGUUAAUUUAAUACUUUCACCCCAUAAUCCAUAUCAAGAAAAAGAUAGUGCAUUUGAAUGCGGAUUUCAUUCAUUCUUAGGUCAAAAUAGAACACAAUUUAGCAUCUCUUUUUUUAUAUUUGCUUUAUUGUUUUUAUUAUUUGAUUUAGAAAUUUUAUUGGUAUACCCUUAUGUUGUUAGUGCUUACACUAAUGGUAUAUAUGGUUUAUUAAUUAUGUUAGUCUUUUUUGUUAUUUUAACUCUAGGUUUCGUAUUUGAACUAGGUAAAAAUGCAUUAAAGAUAGAGAGUAGACAAGUAUUCAAUUUUAACAUUAAAUCUUGGAACGGUUAUAGCUUAAUAUAUAAAUAA